UGACUUCGCUUUUUAAUGAGAUGAGCCUUGUCAUACGUAAUCUGCAGAGAGCCAUCCCUGUCAGGAGAGCUCUGCUUCGCAAGAGAGUAGACCAGAUCCGUCGCAUUUUGGGUGUGCAGCAGUUUGAUCUUGCCGUUAUCUGUAUCGGUAACCAACACAUUCAACGUCUCAACAGGACUUACAGAUCCAAGAAUCUCCCCACAGAUGUGUUAUCUUUCCCUUUUCAUGAGAAUCUGAAACCUGGGGAGCUGCCGAAGGCUUGUUGUCAAGAUGAAUUGAAUUUGGGAGACAUUUUUCUAGGAGUAGAAUAUAUCUAUCAGCAGUGUGAAGAGAAUAAGGAAGAUUACAACAGUGUUCUCACGGUGACCGUGGCUCAUGGCUUGUGCCACUUACUUGGAUACCAACACAGCACCGAAGCAGACUGGCGGCAGAUGUAUGAAAGAGAAACACAAAUUCUCCAGGAGAUAAACAGGCUGUCUGGCACAAAUUUGCAACCUCUGACCAAAAAUCACUUCUAGAAAUGUUAUAAUACUUGUUAUUUAUAAAUUAAAAAUGUAGUGGCU